UUCUGUGUUACGUUUAGGCCGUUGGCGGCAUUUCUCACCUUUUCCCGUUUUUUCUCGUUUAUUCCUCAAUAAAAUCGUUGUAAAUAGUAGUUUAGUGGUGUGGGAAUAAGAGACUUUGAUUUCCAAUGCAAAUAACUCCAAUCUCGAUCAGAAAUAUGCUCGUUUCAUCAGCCGCUGUAGAAUAGAGAAUGUAACUACCUAAUCAUUUACGAGUCAAAAUCCGGUGGAAAUGGAAGACUACAACUUGUGCUGCGGCGUGACACUCACCCGACCAGACUACUACACGAUUCCACCCUUACGAGAGCUUCACAAGUACGUAAACGACAAGGGGGAGUGCUCGGUAACGGGAUUCGUAAUUGGGCGCGUCGGUUACGGCAGAAUACGCUUCCUCGACGCAGUGGACGUUGCCGAUUUGAAUUUGGACCGAAUCGUAUCUUUGGAGCUUGGCGAAGUUGCGCUUUACGACGACGAAGAGUCGCCGCCCGUCAUCGGUGAAGGUUUAAAUCGGAGGGCUUGUGUCGAGCUCGAUCGUCUGUGGCCACGCGACGGAGAGAGAAGGCUGCGCUCGCUUAGCGAACAACAAAAUGUCACCUUUCUCGAUUAUCGUCACGAGACGGGCACGUUGUCGAUUGCCGUCGAGCAUUUCUCCAAGUAUUCGUAUAAGGACAGCGACGGGGACUGUGAGGUGGUUACUUCGGAUCUCGACAAGGAGAUGCAGCAGAUGGAGGAGGACCUUGAGCAACUAAAGCAAUUGGAGGAAGCCAGUUUAAGAAGAGGUCUCGGAGGUAUUCGCUCCUCGGAACCGUUCGAUCAGUCCUCCUUCAUCGUCCAUCCGUCUCGUCCCUCCGACGCGCCGACGUUCGCGAGGGAAUCCAAACCGCUUUACAUCGCCAAGUCGUCGUUCUUCGACGAGGACUCGAUCUCGGACGACAUGAGCAGCUGCGACGUCGGCGUUCACCUCUCCAUCCAAAAUUCAUCGACAUGCACGAGCAACGCGUCCGAGAAGAUGAACGUCUAUGCGUCCGAUGGUUUAAUUAAACGCUAUACGUUGCUGUCGAGAGUGAAAGAGCCGGCGACGCGGGAGGUCGACGACGUUUUCGGCCAGCACGCUAUCUUGGCCGAUAUGACUUUGUUUAAGGGUAGAUCGUUUAAAGUCGGCUGGGGGCCUGGGAUGAAGAUGAUCACGUUGUCGUCGAAGGCGCGCGGGACUAAUUUGAUCGGUGAGCCUAGGUGUGUCGAUUUUGUGGACGUCGCCAGCGAUGUUCUCGGUAUGCGGGGAGUGGUUGAGCUGGAGGGUCACCUGAAUGUCUCGCUGAAUUCUUGCACGAUUACCACCUCGCAGACGUCUGAGCCGUCUUGUACUGUUAAAAGUGGCUGGGAAACUUUGGUGCAGCAUCAGAUGAUUGCGAAGCAGCUGUCGGAGACGUCGCCGCGCAACAACUUGGUCAACUAUUACAAUCAAACUUGGGAGUUGUGUUUGGCCUUGUGGGGCCCUGAGGCGGUCACGUCGUCUGCUAAACGCGAACUCUUCAGCUCUUGGUUACAAACGAUCGUGAGACACGACGGCGUCGACGUGGGGCCUCUCGGUAGCGAUCGCGAAAUGAUACUCGGUCGCAUUUUCGUUCACCUACUCUCCCAUCAAAUCUACGAGGCGAGCCAAUUGGCGAUGAGCCACGACAUGCCAACGCUCGGCAUACUAAUCGCCCAAACACAGCAGUCCACCCGCAAUCACAUCGCGACCCAAAUCGAGCAGUGGCAGGACAGGGGGGUGAUGAACUUUAUCUCCGGCCACAUCAAGAAGGUCUACGCCCUGCUCGGUGGACUUCCGAUCAUCGCCGACGUGAACGUCUUGGACGGUCUCAAGUGGAAACGGAUCCUCGCCCUGUACCUGUGGUACAUCUGCCCGCCGGGCGUUCUUCUAGACGAGGCCGUUACGGAGUACACGAACGCCUUCGAGAAGAACGGCGUUGCCAAUUAUCCGGUCGUCGAGCAUAACGCGCUGUUUUCCGAGUUGGUGUACGACACCCAAUUUCAACUGCUCCAGUUGAAUCACAAGGCGCAAGAUUUGCUUAAUAAAGUAUUAAAUCCGGCAGGGCACACUAGCUCCAUUUGCGAUUACCGGUUCAGUUGGUUGCUGCUCCAAGUGCUAACCUCACUAAAGAUCGGCUCUCUACCGUCGUCAAUUUGCGACGCGAUUCACAUACGUUUCGCGACGCAGCUGGAAGCGAUGGGCCUGUGGAAGUGGGCCGCAUUCGCGGUGCUAUUCGUACGUGAAGCCACCCUAAAGCGCAAUCAACUGACCUCCAUCUUGGAGCGAAACUUGGAGGUGGACGACAACGACGAAAUCGUUCAGUUUCUCGUCGACAGUCUCAAAAUACCGCCGUCUGCGAUACACGCCGUACUGGCGCAGAAAACCGAAAGCGCCGGCGAGUUUAUCGUCUCGUUCAGGCACCACCUUCUCGCGAAGAACUGGCGUAAGGCGCACGACUUGUGCGUCGCGCGCGUCAUUCCCGACCUGAUCUUGCGCGAGGAGUUCGAUCUUCUGCUGAGAUUCCUAAACGAGCUCUUCGCGGAGACGACCCAAAAUCCGCAGUCGUCGGCCGCGGGUCUUAUCUACGAAUUUCUCCUGGUCUGUAAGCGAGUCGAUGACGUCUGCGACGACGGAGAGGUCGGCCACAAGAGGUACGCCCUGGUGCCCGAGGUCAUCUCGAUAAUUAACCGGCUCAAGCACUCUCCGGCGACGGAACCGAGACAGUUUCUGGCGAAGCUGGAGGUGGCGAGGCAUUUGAAACAUAUUCUGGGCGUGGCGUGCUACGGCUACGAGGAUCCUACGGUGGCGUCGAGCUAUCAGCAGUUGGCGUUGCCGUUUGACUAUGAGUACACCAUGUCGAUGUGGAAGUCAUGAUUUUAUUAAAAUGUAAUUUUCAUGUGUUAUUUUGCUUAAUAAACUUUGUUACGUCAU